GGAAAUGGUGCCAGUGGGAAACUCCACUGCGGAAGAUCACUUGGUUGCCUAUCUUGGUCUGUCUUUCAAAAAACCUCUUCAAGUGCGAGAAUCCACUGCCGUACCGUGCCUUACCACUGCCAUAAACGGGCCCCGAUGUACCGAUAAACCUUUUAAUGUCACCAGGUUCUGGCAGUCCUUCUUGUGAUUCAGUAGAACCUUAGUAGCCAGUCUUCAAUGGUCCACGUCCACGAGAACGGUCCAUUCCGAUCUGGCCUUGGCAUCGGCUGUUUGACCCGCGGAUGGCCACCCGCUGUCACUUAGACGAGGCCUUCCUGUUGAAGGUCUUGCGUGACACCGUGAACCAACAAAUCCUGGAGAAAGAGGAGGUGCAAGAGGAUCUUGAGAAACGCUUAGAGGCCAUUUGGGAUUUGUCCAUCGAGUUGGAGGCUGCGCAAGCCAUUUGCCACUUUCAGGGUCUCAGCAUUUUCGCUGAGGCUGCUGAACGUGGAGCUUUCAAGGGUCGACUCUCGGAGAUUUGCCUGGGAAUCGUGGCCAAUGUGUGCACGCUGUUGACGCCUGCCUUGGAUUUGGCCACAACGGCUCUGAGGGCACUGGAGAGCUUUGAUGCCUCAGUGGCCCUGCAGGGUCUGCGCAUAGCUUGCGCCUUGCUUUGCUCGAGAAGCUCCUUGCAAGAACUUUGGAAUGAUGAAGCUCUUGAUCGUUACCUCUUCGCGCUGGAGAACUCCCUCAGAUGGGGCCUCGUUCGAUACGCGUGCGAUGCAGUUUGCCAGGGACUACUUCUGGAGAGCGAUGAAGCUGUGAAGAUCCCCAGGGUACUUCGGCUGGCAGAUGACAGUCUUGCUCGACCUCAGAUUGCACGCUUGCUGGAGGCCCGAACCUUGGAGCUGGCCACGGAGCUGCUUGAGGGCGAGUCGGAAGCGGGGGAUGAGGCCGAAACAGCUUGGUGGUCAGCCUUGCGUUUGGCCGAAAGUUUGGCUGUGUGCCAGAACGCAGAGGUGGAAGCCACACUGCGCUCCUUGGCCAUUCGCACUGUGCGUGUGGCGGAGAAGCCCGAGCUUUUGGUGGCAGCAUUGGAGGUCUUGGCUGCCCUCCCGCAGCACUCCGAGGCGGAGGCGGAACAGAAGGUGUUUUCUUUGGAGCCUGCAGUGGUGGAGAAGCUUUUGUUGCUGUUGGUGGACAUGGAGGAAGAGGUAGACUUGCAGGAGAUUGCCUGGGUGCUUUGGCUUGUGAUGCUGGAAGCAGCUGAUCAGACCGAUUUGGAGGAGCACUUGGAGGUGCUCAACGCCGCAGCUUCGCGAAUGACGGAGGAGGUUCAGAGAAAGUUGGCCCCGAGCUUCCUUGACUUCUUGAGGAAGUGUGAAGCUGCGGGAGAAAAAGAAGGGCGCAAGCGGUGCAGCCGGGAGGAGCUACCAGGUGUUCCAGAUCUUUCCCAUUGCACAAAAUACAGUUCAACCUUGCCUGGGGAACAGGGAAGACGUUCUGAUGGGAGCUUCUGUCAAAUGCAAGGCUGAUAUGAGCCAUUGGUAUCCAUUGGUAUGCAUCCUGUGCUGGAGCCACCUUCUUUCCUUGUGGCCACAGUGGGUAGAGGCAGAGGGUUUGGAGCUUGACUCACACCCACUUCUUUGACACACAAAAAAUAAAGACAAGAACAUGAAUAAUUGAAGAUGUCUGCAGCAUUGACAAAGGUUCCGCAGACAUUGCGAUGGAAGAGAGCAUAAGGGAGCAAUUUGCCUUUGGGAUGGACACUUUAAGGCUCUCC